UAUUUCGAGAUCGGAAUCGCUGAGAACAGCAAGACGCCGCAGAAUUGCCUCAAUGUGAAAUACCCCAAACUACAUCUUUCAACAAUCCAUCUCGAACGCGGCACAACUUUGGGGAACCGUCCAGCUAUCAUUAAUAUCAGCGGUUUUGCCGGUAUUUCUGGCGGAAGUAACACUGUCAAAAGUCAGCGUUUGAUUCCCUGGUCUCUGGGCGGUGGAUAUACGAUGGGAGACAGUUUACUUGAAGGUUUCACAGCCACAUGGUACUAUGGAUUCAGAAGUUUCCUAAAAGAAGUCUGGGCCGAGUACUGUGACUUCAAAAUUGUGUUCGCCGGGCACUCAAUUGGUGCGUGCGUGUCGCAAAUGUUGGCCUACGUGACGGUGCGUGGAGAAUACUGGGAAAAAGAUCUUGUCUCAUAUUAUGGAUACGGAGCGCCGAGAUGUGGAGAUCAGGAUUACGCGGCUGUUUUCGAUCAAACCGUCCCAAACGCAUAUCGCAUCAACUGGAACUCGGACCCUGUCGUUAACUUAGCCGCGAAUUCGUGCCCACGAACGGUCGACCCGGUGCUCGGAGCGGAUCCCUCGUGCUGGUUCCAUUGUUGUACAGCCAUCAAGUACAGCUCUGGCGGCGUUCCGGGAACCCCGUGCACGAUUGAUGACAGUGCGACGUGCACAAGCGGUGGCAAUCAACUGUUGAACUCGGGUGAUCACACCGCCUAUUACGGUGUCACAUCCGCCAACUCCUACAAUCCGAACACGCUAACUUGU